AUGUCAGAGAAUGACCAAAUUGAUGAGGAGAGGUUUUACGAGAACUUGGACCAGUGGCGGGAGUUGAUCCAAGAGAAAAACGAUGUUGACCCCGGAAACGCGAAGGCUGGCGCGUACGAGUAUAACGAGGAUGAGGCUGAAAGCUAUGAAUAUGGCGAGGGCUUGUCAGGGGAUGAGCAGUACGAUAGUGCGAAUGAUGAUGAAGAGUUGAUGGCAGUGUUUUCGGACUAUGGAGAGUCGGACAACGAAUACGAUCAGCAAGAUUUCAUGGAUGCGAUCCGCGAGGCGAACAACUUUAAAGUGAAGAAGAGUUCAAAGAAACAGAGCCGAGGGCAGGGAUUGAGUAAGCUCCGGCAGCGCGCUAUCGAUCCGGAAGUGGCACAACUUUUAUCGGAAGCCAACGAGGCGUUUGUGCGUAACGAUAUACAGGUUGCCGAGCAGCUUUAUAAUGAGGUUAUCAAGAAAGAUGCAAAGAAUUUUGCAGCAUAUAAGACGCUGGGCGAUAUAUAUCACCUACAGGGACGCUACAAUGAUUGUUGUAACUCCUGGUUUUUGGCCGCUCACCUUAAUCCGUCGGACUGGGAGUUCUGGAAGAUGGUAGCUACUUUGUCGUCAGAGUUGAAGCACAUACGACAAGCCGUAUAUUGCUACUCCAGGGCUAUCAGUAUGAAUCCUCAGGAGUGGGAGUGUAUAUACAGCAGGGCGAUGUUGUACAAGGACACGGGUCAGCUGGGAAGAUCGCUUGAAGGUUUCCAAAGACUUUACAAACAUAGCCCGUACGACUCCAACAUUUUACGUGAACUGGCUGUUUUAUAUGUUGAGUAUGGUCGCGUUCAGGACGCAAUUAUGCUCUAUAUGAAGGUUUUUGAAAAUAAUGUUGCCAGAAGAGAGGCAAUAAUAGCCGCCGCGGAGAACGUCGUAGAGUCGUCGGAAGAUGAAGCUAGCGAUGAUGAAGGGGAUGAUUAUGCGGACGAAGUUGAGGUCGAGGACGAUGAGGAGGCACAGUACUACCCCAAUGUCAACUUGAAGAAAAUUAACAAGAAAUAUCGAUGUGUUUUAUUCGACUGGUCAGCCUUAAAUAUUUUGGCUGAGCUAUUCUUGAAACAAUCGAGCGAAAAUCAGGGUAUUAAAAUGAUCAAAACAUGCGCGCGCUGGAUUCAGCACCGAGAGCAGCAGUCAUUUUGGGAUGACGUGCAGGAUGACUCUGAGUUUGAUGAUCGGCGGUUUAAAAAUUCCCGUUAUCAGUCAUUACCAUCGUAUGAGAAGUCAAAGGACCACAAUCUUCCAAUUGACAUUCGCGUACGUCUAGGAUUGCUGCGACUCAAUAACAAGCACAUAAUAGAGGCAAUGAACCAAUUCCAAUUUCUUUACAGUGAGAAUUUUGCCGAUAUUGCGGAUCUAUAUUUUGAAGUUGCUGUAAACCUGACCAAGAUGGACAAGUUUCAGGAAGCAAUAGAGUUCUUUGUACCACUGCUAGAGAUUCCAGAAUAUCAAACGCCUGAUCUCUACAAACCGCUAAGCAAAUGCUACAGGGAAGUUGAAGACUACGAGAAUGCAAAAGAAAUUUUUACUAAGCUUGUAGAAUUAAUGCCUGAGGACCUAGAAACCAAGCUGACGCUGGCCGAGAUUCAUUAUCACUUGGGAGAACAUGAUACUUUUGAUCGAAUUUUGCUAGAGGUUGUGGAAGCUAGGAAGAAGCAGGCUGCUGCUGCAACUGAUAGCUCCGCUGAAGCUCAUAAGCUGACUAACCAUCAAACGGAGCAAAAACCGUUAGAAGAACGACAGAAAUCUUUGUUGGGUACUGGCAAGCCCUUACUUCAGGAUAUUGGUAUCAAUAGAUCAAACAUAAGAAGAAGGCGUACCCCUCAGGAUAUUGAACGAGAAAAGAAGGAACGAGAAAAGAAGAUUACAUUGAGUGUUUUGGACAAAUAUGGCAAGUUAAAAAUCUAUAGGCAGGGUUUGGAGCAGCAUGAUAAAAACCAAACGACACUAUGGAUUGACACGGCAUCGGACCUAAUAGAUAUUUUCUCCAGUGUUAAAAACUUCUUCGUCAAGAGUCGAUCUAAGAAGUUCGUGGGAAUCAUUAAGAGAACUCGCAAGUUUAACAAAGUUAUUGACUACAGGAUAGAACGUUUAUCAAAACUUUCGGAGGGUGAUAACCUAUUGGAUGGGUUGCCUCUUCUGGAAGAACGAGUUAUUUUAACUUCAACCACUGAACUACGCGGUUUAACGUAUGACAAAUGGUUUGAAUUAUUUAUGGAGCUAGCGCUUAAUAUAACGAAAUACCAGAGUGUAGAGGAUGGGCUUAGUAUCAUAGAGACCGCCCAGCAGGUCAACGUGUUUGUUCAAGACCCGGCUCGUGUGAAGGUGAUGAAGUUCGUUAAGCUUGCCAUAGUUCUCCAUCUAGAUGACGAGGAGGAGCUAGUGGAAAACCUAAGAGGGUUAUUAAAUCAAUUCCAAUUUGGAAGAAAGCCAUUGCAGGUUUUCAUGUACAGUCUUUCAAGUGGCCAAAUGUCUCUUGAUAUUUUAAGCUCCACUGUGCAGCAGAAGUUCUUUCUCAGGCAGCUGAAAGCGUUCGAUAGCAUUCGAUUUUCCCAGCAUGUUAGUGGCCAAGCGUCUGUUACAAACAAAGCUGUCUCGAAUCCAGCGAAGAAGAAUUCGCCUUAUCUGCACUAUAUUUAUGCCACAUUACUUUACUCUAGCAAAGGUUUUAUGUCUGCCUUGCAAUAUUUGAGUCGCAUGGAUCCCGAACUAUCAGAAGAUCCAAUGGUCAACUUCCUAAUGGGACUUUGCUAUAUUCACCGCUCUAUGCAGCGGCUUACAGGUACGAGACAUUUCCAGAUACUACAGGGUUUUCGAUGUUUGUACAACUACCACCGCAUUCGUUCCACCAAAUAUACGGAGCUAGAACGUCAAGAAGCCGACUACAACAUAGGUAGGUCGUUCCACCUGCUUGGUCUCUUUAGCAACGCUGUAAAAUACUACGAUAAAGUUUUGAAUGAUUAUGACGAUGUCAUGUUGAAGAAACAUGCUGCAUAUAAUCUCGUACUAAUCUACAACGAGAGUGGUAACCCUGAACUUGCCGGCCACAUCAUGGAUAAGUAUUUAAGUAUAUAA